GAGAAGGGAAUCUUUUAUCCUUUUUAACAUAACUCCAAGAUUCUCGGUCUGGUUCUAGUAAUAUAUAAAGACAAGCACUGACAGAAUAAGCAAAACACGUACAGAGGCAAAUCAUUUGAGUUGAAGUUGACUUUAUAACAGAUCAAAGUGCUUGUUUGAUUUUCAAAGCGAUCGUCUUCAAUGGAGGUGAUUCACUCAUGGUCUUGUCCAAGAUCACUCAGCACCGCUCUCAUGUACUCCUUUGCCCAGAGAGAUGACAUCGAAGUGCUGGACGAGCCAUUAAACGCUUCGUUCCUUAAAGCUACAGGUGCUGAUAGGCUAUACAGAGAUGAGAUUUUCGCUAGCAUGGAAAUUGAUGGACAUAAGGUGGUGAAAGACAUCAUUUAUGGUCCAGGAAAGAAGAAAUAUAGGUUUUGUAAGAAUUUGGCAAAACAUCGUAUUCUUGGCUUGCCAAGUGAACUAAUGAGUAAAGGAAAGCACUUUAUCUUGAUACGCAAUCCGGUUCACAUAUUGCCUUCUUUUGGUAAGGUAAUCCCAUUAUCAUUUCUCGACGUGGGAUUGGCAGACUUAGUUUCAAUAUACAGCGAUCUCUGCCAGAUGGGAACACCACCACCAGUCAUCGAUGCAGAUGACCUUCAGCGAAAUCCCGAGGUUUCAUUUCUGUAUUAUGAAUACUGUAACAAGAAAACUUGUUACAAAAAAAAAAAAAAACAAGAAAACUUGAUUAUCUUAUGUAAGAAGAUGCAUAUUUUGUGUAUCAUUCAUCUAUUUUCAAGCCUCUAUGCUUAAGUAAGACUAUUUUGCGUUCUCUUGGAUUUGAGCGUAAACAUCAAAACAAUGAUUCAUUGUUUGUGUGAUAAGAAUCUUUGUUCACUUUGAAAACUAAAAAUGAUUAGGGUAAGUUUUCCCAACACUUUAUUUUAUUAAAAUUAGUUUGAAACCAUUGCAUUAUAAGAUGACACUUAACACUUCUUAUAACUAACCAUAAGAACAAUUUAUAUAGGAGUAUUAUUUAAAGGCGCAAAAAAACUAUAUAAAAUGUAAAAAUAUCAAAAUCAACGAUAAAAAAAAACCCCACUAACUAAUUAAAAUUCUCUAACCAACCCUUAUUCCAAUCAUAACCCACUAACCAUAGUCUUGUAUCAUUGUGUUUUCUUGAAGAUGGGAGGCUGGUCCCAUACCAGAAGAUGGAGUAUGGGCUUCAUGGUGGUACAAGACUGUUCAUGAAUCAACUGGUUUUUCGUCUCCUAGGAAAUACCCUCGUGUAGGGGUCCAUGCAAGAUUUACUUCAGUUAAAUGAUUCUGAAACUCAAAGAAUCAUUUAAACGACAAUGUGUGUUUUGUAUUUUUUUUAGACAUUCAAUAUGAGGCAUUACGAUUUACUGGAGCAUUGUUUACCGCUAUACAACACUCUCAGGCGUCACGUGAAGGGCAAGUCAUCUCUCUUGGCCAGCCCCUUAGCUCCUCCUAGUCUUCCAGUUCCUGAAAAUGCUAAACUUUUUGCUUGGGUUGGUGAUGAGAUUUUGCCACGUGAGAUGGCCAAGGUGCUUAAACUUUAUAUACAUAACCAAGUUGCUUUGGUCUAGUGGUAUAGGAGCUCCAGCUGGAGUGCCCGCCCCUGGGUUCGAACCUUGGCCACUGCGGAAAUUUACAUGUGGGCUGCAGCACCCGAGACCAAAGACCGUUACACGGUGAGCCACAUGGUGACGCCCUGGCAGCAUCUAUGCUCACUUCGGUCUUUAGUCUGGACCACCUCGGUGGGACCAGGAUACUCGGUUAGCAAAAAAAAA